CGGAGCCAUUUGACAACACUCGCUCGCGUUUGACAGCUCAAUCGAUCGCCGGCCAUGGCGAAGCUCUCCUCGCUCCUUCCCUUCGCCUGCUGCAUGAUCUUCUUUCUGAAUGCUGCUCUUGUGGGAGCUCGUCCAGCUCCUUCCGUCUACAUGGACAACGGGGCUUACGCGCUGUUCGUGUUCGGCGAUUCGUUCGCCGACACCGGCAACCUCCCCAGAUCCCAUCUGAGCGAGGCGUCCCGCGAAUGGUACUACCCGUACGGCUCAAGCUGGGGUAACAACAAACCAACCGGCCGCUUCUCCAACGCCCUGGUUGAGUCCGAUCUCAUAGCCCAGAUGCUGGGGCGGCAUGAGGCACCUCCCACGUACAAGAGGAGGGGCAGCUACGUCCAUCCGCACGGCAUGAACUUCGCGGCCGGCGGCGCCGGCGUGUUCUCGGUGCCCACCGGCGCGCCGACGCUCGAUAAGCAGGUCGACCACUUCAGGGACCUGGUGCAGGACGGCACCAUUACCAGGGGGAACCUCGAGAACUCCAUCGCCCUCGUCGCCAUCUCCGGCAACGACUACGCGCGCCUCGCCAACGUCAAUAGUACCGGCAAAAUGAUAGAAUUUAUCGAGAAGGUGACGACCGAGAUCGCGAAGCAGGUGCAUCGGCUGCGGAACAACGGCGCCAGCAAGAUCCUGGUGAACAACCUGCACCCGCUCGGCUGCACGCCGUGGGUAACCAGGUCCACCAACUACACGGAGUGCAGCUUCAAGGGCAACACCGGCGCAGACAUCCACAACGGCAACCUCCUGAUGAAGAUCAACACCACGGUUCACGACUACAUCCUCCAUGUCGACGUCAACAAGGCCUUCAACAACCUCGUCAAUCCUAACUCAAAUGCAAAGAAUGCGAUGUCGGCCUCAUUCAAGAACAAGCUGGCGCCGUGCUGCGAGAGCAUCGACGUGAACGGCUACUGCGGCCAGAAGGGUGAUAAUGGCACGGAGCUGUACACCCUGUGCAAGAAUCCCGGCGACUACUUCUUCUGGGAUGAUGUGCACCCCACGGAGGCUGGAUGGAAGGCCGUCAUGAAGCAGGUGGAAGGCCCUAUCAAGAAGUUCCUUGGCCUCCACUAGAAAGAACAAUAUAGUCGUAUCAAGCUAUAUAAUUAUGUGUGUGUUAGGUUUCGAGUUUUCAUUCGGUUUAGCUAGGUAUUCUGCAGGUAAUUUAUUUUGUAAGAGUCAAAUCAGGGAAUGUUUUGUUUAGCGCGUGUUUUUAAUGAACAUCUCGUUCGUUAGUCAUUGGUUUGGUUAAUUCUUCUUGGUUACUUCGCACA